AUGUCGUCUUCCGAGGCCUCUCCUUCCCCUGAACCGGCCCCGUGGUCUUCGGCGAUCGGGCAUGCCGGAACUGGCAAAUCAGGCCGCGUGAUUGAGAGAUUACAGGGGGACAUAGAUCGACAACGCCGGGAGAAACAGUUGCUCCAGACACGCUACGAGGAAGUCCAGAAGGCGAAUGAAUUACUCGUCUCACGAAAUCAGUCUCUCCAGGAUCGCAAUAGCAACUAUGAGCAGUCCCACGAAGCCAAUCUCCGACAGCUUGCAAGAAAGGAACGGCAGGUUGAGGAGCUCCGUGAAGAACUCAGAAAGGAGAAACUCAAGUCAGCAAGGGCAGAGGAACAGGCUGAGGCCGCAGCUUCAAGCGAAGAACAUUGGCGUAAGGAAGCAAGCCAGGCAAAAGCAUACGCUGCACAGAAAGAAACCGAGUACGAAACGAUUGUCGCAUGUCGGAAGAUGGACCACGAUCGCCAUCAAAGCGGCCUGGACAAAAUCAGAUGCGGCUUUGAUAGCCUUCUUCGCCGGCAAGAGGACGACUUGGAGAAGCAGAGGAAGCUGGAAAUCAUUGCCGAGCAGCAACGCCAAACAAUUGCCCAGCUCGAAGAACUUACCAAGAAGUUAACCACAAAUUUCCGGGCCUACAAACACGAGAUCGACACCUGCCUUUCCCAACUGCGAGACACAGCGCGCAACAACGACCAAGCUAUCGAUCAGAAACUGGACGAGUUGACCGAAGUGACGGGAAGAAUGCGGUGGGUUAUGAACCUGGACAGUAUGGUCAACUAUUCUGGGAACGUGGGUCUGCCUGUAGCUGACAGUCAGCGUAUGCUUGCCAACCCUGCUUCGGGCACAAAUGGAUGGCACACGGGCCCAAGAGAGCGGAGUCUGAGUCCAUCCAAGGGGAAUCGUCUUACGAAACACAGGCGCAAGGAUUCGGUAAAGGUGCCGAAAUGA